AUGAUCACAACAAUGGGAAACCAUGGGCAACUAGUUUGCAGGCCAAUAUUAUAUAACGAGUUUGAUAUCUAUCUAUCUAUCUAUCUAUCUAUCUAUCUAUCUAUCUAUCUCAUUACGCUGGAAGACAGUUUCUUUUUCUUCUUUUGCAACGAUUUUUCCUUGGCCAUCCGCUUCCAAAAAGAAUUUGUUGUGGGCUUUCUUCUAUUAUUCCUUCGUAUUCUUCAUCCCCCUUUCCUCUUUCACCUUCUCUAUCUUCUUCCUCCUUUUCUUUUGUUCUCCAUGUCCCCCAUCUUCCUCUCCUCCACCUUCUCCUCCUCCACCACCUUCUUCUUCUUCUUCUUCUUCUUCUUCUUCUUCUUCUUCUUCUUCUUCUUCUAUUCCACCUAUUGUUCAUAUUUCUAUUCUAACCUUCCUCUCCUCCUUCACUUCCUCUUUCUUCUUACUCCUUUUCUUCUUCUUUUCUUCUUACUCCUUUUCUUCCUCUUUUCUUCUCCCUUUUCUUCUUCUUCCUCUCCUACUCUAUAUUCUUCUUAA